AGCAUGGGCUGGCUCCACAUAAAAAGCCCUUCGAGCUGCCAGAAAUGCAUCAGUGAUCGGUGAGCCGAGUUAGCAGCCAGACGCAUUCCUUCUUCAGUCUCGCAAGUAACCCGAAAAUAAAACCAUCAACAUGAAAGCCGUGAUCUUUGUGCUUACCGCCUUGCUGGCCGUGGCCGGAAAAGCCCAUGCCGAAUGCGGAAAAGUUCCGCAGUAUUCGGAAAAAAUCGAUCCCGUUGAAUGCCCAUUGUCUGGAAUCCAGUUGCCCAACUACGAGAACGCCACCGUCUACUACCAGUGCAGUAAAGCGACCACCACCUCCAAGUCGACCGCCACAUUGACCGGCUGCCCUACUAACACCUACUUCAACUAUGCCAUGCAGAAAUGCGUGACCUGCGAUGCUUACUUCCCGAGCACCCAGUGCAGCAGUCUGAAAAUCAACGUUACCUGUGUGUCCAUCGCCACCACUGUUGCCCCCACUGCUGCCCCCACUGUUACCCCUACGGUUGCCCCCACGGUUGCCCCCACCGAAACCACCGUUGCCCCCACCACUAAGGCACCUGGCACCACCGUGCCCGUCCCACCAACUGAUGCUCCUACAACCACCACCACCGUUUCCGACGACAUCAUCACCCCCACUGGUACCACCAUCUCCGUGCCCCAGCCCCCAUCCCCCAACGACAGCAACGUGCCCACUCCAGUGACGCCCGCACCCACAGCUCCAGUCAUAAACGACACUCCUCCGACCGCGGCUGUGGCCGACACCGAUUAAGUAAAUCCUCGAGUUAGUUCUAUCAAAAGCCUCAGGAUUUUUGUCUGAAUAAAGUGUCGACACACUCAUUAUGAAAAGAUAGUAACUUUUAGUUUUUUUUUAACAGCCCCAAUAUAAAUUUAAUUACAAGAAAUUUUAAUUGUAAGCCAUCAAAUAAAAACUGCAGAAAUAUGAAAACCAGUUUGUUGACAAAAA